UCCCAUUUCACUUUCCAAAUUUGAAAAGUCUGAAAGGAGGCCCGCGCUAUACCGUGCGCUGCACAAAUUGUUGCAACAAUCUUCUUUAACAAGCUUUUUCCCUUCACUAGUAAAAGUAUAUAACUAGUUCUGCAACUUCUCAGCACUGAAAACAUUCAAACAAUGGCCAACAUUACCAAGCUUAAAGUCGAUGACCUUCGUAAGGAGCUUUCAAGUCGCGGUCUUGACACCACAGGAACCAAAUCCAUACUGGCAAGGAGGUUGGACGAGGCUAUUGAGGAGGAAGAGGAAAACAAGAAGAAAUUGAAUGGUGAUAGGAAAAGAUCGAGGGUUGAUUCUGACUCAAUUGGGUCAGGGAAAAUGAAUGCUGUGGAGGAGUAUAAGAAAAUGAGUGUUAAGGAGUUAAGGGAAGUAGCCACUUCUCGUGGGAUUUCAAGUACUGGGUCCAAGAAAGAACUUGUUGAGAGGCUUUGUGCUGCUGCUGAUUCACACUCAAAAGAUAAUCUUGGAGUUGGAGAUGAAGACGAGACAGAGAAGUUGGUCACAGCAACAAAGAAGGGUGCAGCUGUUUUGGAUCAAUACCUGUCAGAUGACAUCAAAGAACGGUACCAUGUCCUGCAACAAGGAAAUGAUAUUUAUGAUGCCACAUUGAACCAAACAAAUGUUGGGAACAACAAUAACAAGUUUUAUAUCAUUCAAGUUCUAGAGAAUGAUAGUGGUGGGAAUUUCCUUGUUUACACAAGAUGGGGUAGAGUUGGUGUAAAGGGUGGAACGAAGAUCAGUGGUCCCUAUACGUCUGCCUAUGAUGCCACAUCUGAGUUUAAGAGUAAAUUCUAUGAGAAGACCAAGAACUAUUGGUCUAACCGCAAAGAUUUUUUUUGUCAACCAAAGCAUUAUGUUUGGUUGGAAAUGGACUAUGCUGAAAAUGGGAAAGACUCCUUAGUCCAAGGACAGUCCAACCCAGUACCAAAAAGUCAACCUCGUGAGACUAAGCUGGAGGCCCCGAUUGCAAAGUUCAUAUCUCUUAUUUGCGACAUCAAUAUGAUGAGGCAGCAAAUGAUGGAAAUAGGGUACAAUGCUAACAAGUUGCCACUCGGUAAAUUGAGCAAGACAACCAUUUUAAAGGGCUAUGAUGUCUUGAAAAAUAUUGCUGAUGUAAUUGGCCAGUCCAACAGACCACUGCUUGAAGAUUUGACCAGUCAAUUCUAUACAGUCAUUCCUCAUGAUUUUGGAUUCCAGACGAUGCGUGAAUUUGUCAUCGACACCCCUCAGAAGUUAAAACGCAAAAUUGAAAUGGUCGAAGCUCUUGCUGAAAUUGAAGUCGCAACUAAGAUAUUGGAGGAUAACACAGAUAUACAGGAGGAUCCCUUGUAUUAUCAAUAUGAACAACUUCAUUGCAAACUUGUUCCAGUUGAAGUCGGUUCCCAGGAAUUUCUCAGGUUUAUAAAGCUGAGUGAUGUUAUUUUUGGUCAGAUUGAGAGUUACAUGAAGAAUACCCAUGCAAAAACACAUUCUAGUUAUGCUGUCGAUAUUGUUCAAAUAUUUAGGGCAUCAAGAGAUGGUGAAACUGAAAGAUUCCAGAAGUUCUCUGAUAUGAGUAAUAGGAUGCUUUUAUGGCAUGGUUCUCGGCUCACAAACUGGGCUGGCAUUCUUUCACAGGGUUUACGAAUUGCUCCUCCAGAAGCACCUUCAACAGGGUACAUGUUUGGGAAAGGUGUUUAUUUUGCUGAUAUGUUCUCCAAAAGUGCAAAUUAUUGCUAUGCCUCAUCGGCUGCUAAGAAUGGUGUCCUUCUGUUGUGCGAGGUUGCUCUUGGUGACAUGAAUGAGCUGCUGUCAGCCAACUACGAUGCUGAUAAGUUGCCUUCAGGAAAACUAAGCACCAAAGGAGUUGGUGCCACGGCCCCAGAUUUCAAAGAAUCUCAAAUACUCGAAGAUGGUGUCAUCGUUCCUUUGGGAAAUCCAAAGAAGCAACGAAAGCAGGGUAGUUUGAUGUAUAAUGAGUACAUAGUUUACAAUGUGGAACAAAUAAGGAUGCGCUAUGUUAUCCAAGUUGAGUUCAAUUAUGGGAUAUAAUCAUAUUGUAAAUAUAAUUUCAUCUUUUUAAGUUUCUACUAUCAGUAAUUUCGUUUUGGCAUUAAUGCGUCAUGUAAAUUUUGAUACUUUUGAAUCGUCUACGCUAAUCUAGCUAGAUACUGAGUUAGUUUGUUU